GUGAUUGGUGGAAAGCCGACGCGACAACGAAAGACGCGAGUGACAGUUGUGGAAUGACUUCACGCCUCUGUCGUGUAUUUCAAUGGUUUUACGUGAUCAUUCGUAUCGUAAGUUAGUCAACGAGCCGGGCCAUUGUGCAACCUGUCGCCUAAAAUCGUUCUCGUGGUCGAUCUAAACAAUUUGCGCGAACAUUGCUAAAAAAACACGUAGCGGCUGACGUAUCUAUUGGUCGAACAGCCUGGAUUCAGUGAGUGAGCGAAAGAGAAAGAAAUACGUGUGGUAAAGAAAAACAAGAAGGAAGGAAAGAGGAUUCAACGUGAAAGACAGGGACUGACGCGUUGCAGGCGUAUCUCGGACGUGUCCCCUCGAACACACCAACGAAAUACGUAUCGGUGUCCCAUAUUUUCAGUUUGAAAAAACAGCCAAUCAGAAGUAAGAAUUCAAACGGGAAAGAGUAGGACCGAACGUCAGCGAACCUCACCGAACAGUACCGAACGCCGGCGCGAGUAUCCGCUCGUGCUCAGUCGCGAUCGCUCCCUUGAUCUGUAAACACGUCGAACGACAGAGGGAUCGACUGGCUUCGGGAGGUCCACGCCAGCGCCAUCACUCGUUCUUCUUUGGUAUUACUGCUCUGUUGGGCGACGGUGUCCGUCCGCCACAACCGUCUUUAAUGGACGUGUCGCACCGCUCGAGGAAAGAACGCCGACAGAGAUGUUGAAGUUUAUCAGAGGGAAAGGCCAACAACCUACGGCCGAGCGACAGAAACUGCAAAAGGAUCUUUUCGCCUUUCGAAAGACGGUGCAGCAUGGGUUCCCAAACAAACCUACAGCCCUGGCAUGGGAUCCAAGCUUGCGGCUGAUGAUCAUCGGUACGGCAUCCGGCGCCAUCAAGGUAUUCGGCAGGCCAGGUGUCGAGUUCUAUGGUCAACACUCGAUCGAGAGCGGGGAGAAUGCAGUGACGAAGAUCGUCGCGUUGCCUAACGAGGGUCGCGUGGUCUCGUUAUGCGACGACAAUUCCCUCCACCUUUGGGAGAUCAACGAGAGUUCCGUGGUGGAAACGAAAUCUCUUUCGUUGGAGGGAAAACUGAAGAAAAUCUCGGCGAUGUGCUUGGAGUCGAGCGGUGAACAUCUGCUACUGGGAACGGAAGGCGGUAAUAUUUAUCUACUGAACCUGAAAACCUUCUCGAUGCCUGAUAACAUCAUCUACCAGGAUGUUGUGAUGCAAAAUGUACCAGAUGAUUACAAGAAGAAUCCAGGAGCGGUCGAGGCGAUAGCGGAACAACCAGGUCAUCCGGACAAUAUUCUGAUAGGUUACAAUCGUGGUUUAAUGGUUCUGUGGAACAAAGCAACUCCUGGAGCUCAACAGCUGAUGGGUUUGUUUUCGCGUGCGCAGACAUUCGUCUCCACGCAACAGCUGGAAUCUGUCCACUGGAUCUCCGAGAAUCGUUUCGUUUCCUCGCACAACGAUGGAUCGUACGCGUUUUGGAGUCCGAUCAGUGACACAAUGGUAGACUCGAACACACCCUACGGUCCAUUCCCGUGUAAAGCUGUCACUAAGAUCCUCGUCUAUGAGACCGAUGAGCACGGCGAACUUAUUUUAUUUUCGGGUGGAAUGCAACGUGCCAGUUACGGUGACCGUCACACGAUCACCGUAAUGACGAAGAAAAAACAGGUGGUCUUUGAUUUCACGUCGAAAGUCAUCGACUUCUUCACCGUGUUCCCGAAGCAAGAGGAUGGUAAGGAGAUACCCGAGGAUGGCCCGGAAGCGUUAAUAGUAUUGGCCGAAGAAGAGGUGGUAGCCAUUGAUUUAAUUAAUCCCGAAUGGAAAAUGAUGGCCUUACCUUACUUGGUAUCCCUCCAUGCGAGUGCGGUCACUUGUUCGCAACACGUUCCAAACGUGCCGGAAGAGCUAUGGGACAGCAUCGUGGCAGCUGGAAAAGCGCAGACGGAGCAUUUGUAUUCGGAGAAACCGUGGCCUAUAGACGGUGGUAUUAUUAUUAAUCAGAAAUCUGGAAACGAGAAGCCGAAAGGUAGAGAAAUGUUGCUUACCGGCCACGAGGAUGGAACCGUGAGAUUUUGGAACGCUUCUGACGUCGCGUUGACGCCUCUGUACAAAUACAAUUCCUCUAUAUUGUUCACCGGCGAGCAUUUGGACGUGCUCGAGCAACCGCCGGAGGACGACGAGAACGAAUGGCCACCUUUUAGAAAAGUUGGAACGUUCGAUCCCUACUCGGACGAUCCUCGGUUAGCUGUUAAAAAGGUUUUACUCUGCCCUUUGUCCUCGACGUUAGUGGUCGCUGGCACGGCUGGCCACGUGAUCACAGCCACCAUAUCGUCCGAGCCAACGAACAAAGAAAUCAAAGCCAUCACUAUGAACAUUGUCAACGAUCGCGAUGGAUUCGUAUGGAAAGGUCACGAUCAUUUGCCAGUAAGAACGACCAGCAUAUCCUUCGCGGUUGGUUUUCAACCGCAAAGUCUUCUUCAAUUAUAUCCACCGGCUGCGGUUACCGCGCUGGCAAUACACAGUGAAUGGGGAUUACUCGCUGCUGGUACGGCACAUGGUUUAGCAGUUUUCGAUUAUACAAGGGCGAAGGCUGUUACCGUCAAGUGCACGCUCAAUCCGAAUGAUCUUUCCGGAGCGGGCGACACGCCUAUUUCGAGAAGAAAAUCGUUCAAAAAAUCGUUGAGAGAAUCUUUCAGGAGAUUAAGGAAAGGAAGAUCGCAGCGUAGAGCGACGACUGCUAGUAGCCCGACGAGAAAUGCUACGGAAAAGAAGAAAGAUGUUUCCAGUGUUGCUUCCUCGCCGAUCGGUGACCUCUCGCCGGUAGAGCUGAAACCUGUGGAAAGACAAGUAGAAGCAAGACCAGUGGAUGACGCAUUGGGCUCGAUGGUUCGAUGUUUAUAUUUUGCUAGGAGUUAUAUUAUAAGCAUGCAAAAUACAACCCCUACACUUUGGGCGGGUACCAAUAACGGUACGGUGUAUGUAUUCACGUUAGCGAUUCCUGCGGGGGUUCGAAGAACGGAAGAGGAUGUAAAUUGUACAUUAGGGAAAGAGAUUCAAUUAAAGCACAGAGCACCGGUGAUCGCCAUAACGAUUCUCGACGGAUCCAGCGUUCCUUUACCGGAACCGUUCGAAGCCGAGAAAGGUGUCAGUCCUGGUCCUGAUAUGGCGUCACCGCACAGAGUUGUUAUCGCCAGCGAGGAACAGUUCAAAAUCUUUAAUCUUCCAUCCUUGAAACCAUAUUGUAAAUACAAACUUACCGCGCACGAGGGUUCGCGUGUAAGAAAAACAGGUUUUGCAAAAUUCUCGUGCCCGGUUGAGCCUGCAGGUACGCACGAAGAAACCUGUUUAUUAUGCCUGACCAAUCUCGGUGAUUGUUUACUGCUUAGCAUCCCAGAAUUGAGAAGGCAGCUUAACGCAGCGGCCAUUAAAAGGGAAGACAUCAACGGUAUCUCAUCGUUGACUUUCACAAAAGCUGGCGAAGCUUUGUACCUUCAUUCAAGCUCGGAAAUUCAACGAAUUUCAUUGUCGACCAGUAAAGUGACGAAGGCAAAUUGUGCCCUGAAUUUACCGCCAAAUGCUAGAUCCUACCCGGAGGCUAACAACGAGGAGACGCAAGAGCAAGGAGUCGUCGAAGGAGCUGCGGAAACGGAAGGGGAGACAACGCAAGGAAGCCAGCAGCCGACCACGGUACAGAGGACGAUCGUAGAAAACGGUGUAGUGGGUUCCACCGACGGUGAAGAAUCGCCGAAAGAAUCACCUUCUUUGCAACCAGCCGCGAGCACGAACGAUGUAAACGGAGAGGAUGAUCGUCAAGAUUUGAGUUCUAUCGGAGACAUCACAAUUGAUAGCGUGAAGGAUCAUUUACUUAACAGUUCACUUUUCAGAAAUGCAACGUCCUCCGAAGAACUUCAUAAUCGUCUUGCAGGACUUAAAAUGGAAGUGACUUCUCGAACUUCUGAAAUUUCUACACAGAACCAAUCCUUAGUGGUAAAGACCACCACCGUUGUUUCACAAACAACCAACACUACCACUGCUACAAAAAUACCGCCAAUGGAGAAGUUGAAACAAGUCAAGCAAACGAGACACAACAAACGAACAUUGUUGCACAGGCACUACGGUAGAGAGAGAGAUACGGAGCGGUACUGAGACUACAACGACACACGCUACCAUCACUAUACCUCCAAACGUCGAGAUCAGUGACAUUCUGCAAUAACCACCCGAAGAUCCGGUUAGAGAAAGUCUUAAAUCUAUGUUACGUAAAGCUAAAUCUAGAUUUUUACAUGGUAUUUAUGUAAGAAUGGGAUUCAGUAAGACACUCCACGCAUUCUUAAAGAAAUAUUUACAUUAAAAAAGAAAAUAUAAUAAUACAGACAUAAUCUAACGUAGAACUGCCAACGUUCGCGGUAUCACGCGCACAUCGAUUCGAAUCUUUCGCCUCUCUCAUUGUCUUGCCUGAAAAUCACUGGCAAUCGAAGUUUCAAAAGUACUAAUACUUUACAAUACCUAUUAAUUAAUAGAUCGUUACAUCACUGAUCCUACUAUAAUGACUUUUUCUUUUUUUUUUUUUUUACAAAAAGAAAAACGAAAACGAAUAAAAAUAUACAAUAUUUUUAUCGAAAAACAUAAAUAGACUGAACGCAUGAAAGAAGCAUAUCCGUUGUUUCUUUUGCAUUUAAUUGACGCCAUUCGCGCGAAAUCGAACAAAGUUUUUUCAUCGUUUCGUCGUUUGUCUCUCAAGACUACGCAUUAAGUGUUGAAAAUAAAAAUGUGUCAAUUUCUUAUUCAUUGAUGCGAUUGUGAGGCCUUUGUAGAUAGAUUUUAAUCUUCCUCUAAUUUCGUAAUUUCCUAUGAAUUUGUUCUAUUUUUUUUUUUUUUUUUUUUUUACUUUGAUCAACCGCGGAAAAUAUGUUUCUAUUAUGCGGUGGUUAUCUUUAAACGAAUGUUAUACAAGGCGUUCCAAGGAUAUUGAGUAUUAUGCACAGUUUUUAUAUAAGGAUGUAAUUCCAAGUACAAAAAUUUUAACUAUCUUGACCAUAUUAAAGAAUUUGCAUUUUUAAUUAGAGUUUUAUUUGCAUUUAACCAUUGGAAGUCCAUUUUAUAACGUCUUGGGAGAACUAGCAUUUCUACUGUGCUUUUUGGACCGCCCUGUACCGUUAAUUUUAUUAUAAUUGUAAACUAUAUUAACAAGGUGAAGUCAACGCGUUAAAUAAGAUACAAUUGUACGAAAACAAACGUGCUUCUGCUAUUGUAAAAUUAUUGAUUUUUUACCUUGAUAAAAUAUUACACACUGUA